CUCUCCCAUCCUCAUUCUUCAAAAAAACGUAUACUUAGAAUGCCCACAACAAGUAUAAAUGACAUAAUAGUUUUGGUCAUACUUGUAAUUGUCAUUAUUGUUCACCAACUUCGCGAAUGGAAAGAAAAAAGUUGGAGUAAAAACCCAUCUCUAAUAGAUGAGAAUUUGUGUUGUAGAUUUUCAUUUACUCAGAUCUCAUUCGCAACCAACAACUUUGACAAUGGAUUAGAGAUUGGACGUGGGGGUUUUGAUAAGGUCUACAAAGGGGUUAUUAAAGUUACUAAUGAUAAGGUUGAGAUGACAGUUGCAAUUAAGAGGUUAGAUUCUGAAUCUAAGCAAGGAGAGAAAGAAUUCAUAUUAGAAAUUGAGACACUUUCCAAACUUAGACACAAACACCUUGUUUCUUUGAUAGGAUACUGCAAUGAUGGUCGUGAGAUGAUACUUGUUUAUGAGUUCAUGGAACGUGGCACUCUGGCGGACCAUCUCCACAAGAAUAAACGUAAUGGUAGUGAAGACGUGACUCCUCUAACUUGGAAGGAAAGGCUCAAUAUUUGUUUGGGUGCUGCUCGUGGGUUAGAAUACUUGCACAACAAUAGUGAGCAAGAAGUCAUACAUCGAGACGUCAAGGGUGAAAACAUUUUGGUGGAUCUGAACUGGGUGGCCAAAAUUGCUGAUUUUGGUAUAUGCAAAGUGGGAGGAGCUACAAGUCAUACCCAUACUCAUAUCAGUACCGAUGUAAAGGGAACUUUUGGUUACCUAGAUCCAGCAUAUUUCUCGACCCGAAUGCUAACCAAGAAAUCCGAUGUGUAUGCAUUCGGUGUUGUGCUUUGGGAAACAUUGUGUGGGAGGCCAGUCAUUGAUGAUAGAAUCAACAACAAACAACAACGUAACCUUGUUUUGUGGGUUCAGCGUUGCUGCGAGAAUGGAAUGGUUGAUGAAAUAAUUGAUUCUAGUUUGAGGGGACAAAUCCCAACUGAUUCUCUCCAGUCGUACAUUAAACUUGCAAACUUAUGUUUGCAUAAACAGACUAAUAAACGACCUACAAUGGCUAAGGUCAGAAAGGAUCUUGAAUCUUUAUUGGUUGAUGGGCUCAAUUUCUUAAGGUGAGUAAGAGUUGACACAUGUUAUUAGUGACUUUGUUUCAAUUUUAUUUUCCAUUCUUUAGCUCUAAUUUUUGUAACUAUUUUUUUUCUUAGUGCGCCGUCCAAUUUCCAGAGCCCAAAACCCCUCCCAAAGAGAAGAGAAGUUAAAGAGAUGAUAUUCAAUAAUUUUAUUAGGAGCCAAGUAAUAUGAUAAGAUAACAAACAAUUUACUUAGGAGUAGUAAGAUAUUGUACAUUUUUUUUGUUUGAAAUAGUUAAGAUCCAUGCAACUAGACCAUUUGUUUUAAAUGAAUGGAUUCAAACAAAGAUUGAAGGCUAUGAAGUUUCUGGUACAGUCGAGGUUCUUAAAGAU